CGCCAUUCGACUUUUUGUGGUUGUUUUUCUGAACAAGGUUGUUGCGUGCUCCGCACUGUAUUCGUGUCAUGGCCGCCGCCGUGCGAGCUUGCAGCAAACGUGUGUUCUCGAGAAGCUCGGGUCAUACUGCUCAGCGCUCCAGGUCAUUGCUGCCAUCAAUAGCGACAACAAUGUGGGCUUCUUGGCUCUCAAAAGAAUCAGCCAAAGCUAUCGUACGGCUACAACCAGCAUGGAGCCUUGAUACGGGUGCCUACGAAUCGCUGAAGCCAUGGGUCCACGCAGAGAAUCUCAGGGCUCUCGAUGCCGUUCGAUUCUCCCAGCCCGCCAUCCACGCCGAUCAACAGUACCUUGACGUUGGUUGCGGAUCGGGGAGCUUUACAAAGGAAGCACUGCUGCCACGAGUGCGACCAGAGUGCCGGCGUAUCGUUGCGGUUGACAGGUGCAAGAAGGUGUUACAUGAUGCAAGGGAGAACUUCAGUGACGAACACAUAGUCUACGACACCAUGGAUAUUGAAAACCAUGACCCAGGGAGCCUCACCGAAAGAUACGGUGCCUUCGAUCGCGUCUACUCAUUCCUGACUUUUCACUAUGUGGCGGAUAUCACGAAGGCCUACGGCAACGUUUGCAAGCUGCUGAAACAAGGGGGAGAAUGCCUGGUGCUCUCCGUCGUGAAAGCCGACGCCAUCGACGUUUGGAACGAGGUGUAUCAAAUGGAGGAGUGGAAUGCACUAAUAAUUAAUCCUGCAUCACUGUUUCCAGGGAUGGUACACAGUGAUUCAGCCAUAAGAUCAGCCGAACAACUAGAGGCCCACACGAGAGAAAGCAUUUCUACGGCUGGUCUGCACUGCUUAACCUACUACAGGUACAACAGCCGCUGGGUGUUCCGUCGCAUGGAAGACUACGUUGACGCUUUUAUGUCUUCAUUCAAAGCGCAUAACGGAGUUGCCCCGGAGAAGCAAUCUACUCUCAGGGACGUAUGGAUCGACCUGUUCCAGAAAAAGACUCACGUUGGUCUUGGAAGAGAGUUUCCCGUUACGUACACUUUCAGCAUUGUUCACGCCCGAAAACCAUAUUAUUCUUAACACGGUGCAGAUGCAGAUGAAAUCUUCGCUUCUGUUUAGUAGUCACGAGAAAUGAUGUGCUUCAAUAAAUUGCCAUUUCUAUGGUUUCGGU